CCGCUGCGGUGCGUCUGUGGAACCUGCGCGGCGGCGGCGGCGGCGUCUUCGCUCGGUGAGACCCGCAAUCAUGAAAUUGAAUCAGGCAAAAUCGAAAUCAAAGACAUCAAACGAAAGCAAGUUCCAGACCAAGGGAAUCAAAGUUGUGGGAACAUGGAAGGAGGUAAAGAUCGACCCAAAUGUGUUUGCAGAUGGACAGAUGGAUGACUUGGUCUGCUUUGAGGAACUGACCGAUUAUCAACUGGUCUCUCCUGCCAAGAAUCCCUCCCACCUCUUUGGAAAAGAAAAGCCCAAGAAGAGAAAGGCACAAGCAGUUUCAGAAGGCGAGGGUGAUAUAGAGUGUAGCUCCUCAAAGAAGAUUAAGAGCAAAGAUGGGGAAACUGAAGGAACCAGUGCCCAGGAAGAAUUUAAGGUCAGCAAGGCUGAGCCAGUGCCCCUGGGAGAUGGCACUGUUUGUAUUGAGCCAGAGGCAAGGGAGGAGGAGGUAUUAGAAAGCCUAACACAGACUGUCCCAAAAAAGAAGAAAAAGAAAGGGAAAAAAAAGCAACCUUGCCCAGAUACUGCUCCAAAGGUUCCUAAGAAAGCAAAGACUUGGAUGCCUGAAACACAUGACCAGAAGGCUAAUGUGUCUGCUUGGAAAGAUCUGUUUGUACCCCAGCCAGUUCUCCGAGCUCUCAGCUUUCUAGGCUUCUCUGCACCUACACCAAUCCAAGCUCUGACCUUGGCACCAGCUAUCCGUGACAAACUAGACAUCCUGGGGGCUGCUGAGACAGGAAGCGGAAAAACUCUGGCCUUUGCCAUUCCAAUGAUUCAUGCAGUGUUACAGUGGCAGGCUAAGAAGUCGACCCCAUCUCCUAGAAACAGUGGACCCUCACCUGGAGAGACCAGAAUCGAGGCUGGAGCCGAAACUGAAUCACAGAACAUGCAUGACCCUGAGUCUGGAGCUCUACCUGAUGAGCUUCAGUCAGAGAGUGAAGCACCGCCCCGUAAAGCAGUGCUGAAAACGACAUCACACAGCCCAGACCAGGUGCCACCCCUCUUUGCUCAUGAUGCUGGGGAAGGACCUUCUUUCCAGGAGGAUCCUUUCCCUAAACAGGAAGAGGACAAAGAGGAAAACCUUGAAGAACAGAUUCAAGAGUUAAAACAAGAGUUAGAUGGGAAAAUGGCCUCUUGUAAGCCCCGUCCAAAAUGUCCUCUCCUUGGAUUGGUUUUGACGCCCACCCGAGAAUUGGCUCUUCAGGUCAAACAGCACAUUGAUGCCGUGGCCAAGUUUACAGGAAUUAAAACUGCUCUUUUGGUUGGUGGAAUGUCCACACAGAAACAGCAAAGGAUGCUGAACCGCAGGCCGGAGAUUGUGGUUGCCACUCCUGGGCGCCUCUGGGAACUGGUGAAAGAAAAGCACCCUCAUUUGAGUAAUCUCCGGAAGCUCAGGUGCUUGGUGAUUGAUGAGGCCGACCGAAUGGUUGAGAAAGGCCACUUUGCUGAGCUCUCACAGCUUCUAGAAAUGCUCAGUGAGUCCCAAUACAACCCAAAGAGACAAACGCUUGUUUUUUCUGCCACACUGACUUUAACACAUCAGGCCCCUGCUCGAAUUCUUCACAAGAAACACGUGAAGAAAAUAGACAAAAUGGCCAAACUUGAUCUCCUCAUGCAGAAGAUUGGCAUGAGAAGCAAGCCCAAGGUCAUUGACCUAACAAGGAAUGAGGCCACUGUGGAGACACUGACAGAAACUAAGAUUCAUUGUGAGACUGAUGAAAAGGACUACUACCUGUACUACUUCCUGAUGCAGUACCCGGGCCGCACGCUGGUGUUUGCCAACAGCAUCUCCUGUAUCAAACGCCUCUCUGGGCUCCUCAAAGUCCUAGAUAUCAUGCCUCUUACCCUGCAUGCCUGCAUGCACCAAAAACAGAGACUCAGGAACCUGGAGCAGUUUGCCCGUCUGGAUGAUUGUGUUCUUCUGGCAACAGAUGUGGCUGCUCGUGGCUUGGAUAUUCCUAAAGUCCAGCAUGUCAUCCACUACCAAGUCCCACGUACCUCAGAGAUCUAUGUCCACCGAAGCGGUCGAACUGCUCGUGCUGCCAGUGAAGGCCUCAGCUUAAUGCUUAUUGGGCCUGAAGAUGUGAUCAACUUUAAGAAGAUUUAUAAAACCCUCAAGAAAGAUGAGAACAUUCCAUUGUUCCCUGUGCAGACAAAGUACAUGGAUGCAGUCAAGAACCGAAUUCAUUUAGGUCGACAGAUUGAGAAAGCAGAGUAUCGGAACUUCCAGGCUUGUUUGCACAACUCUUGGAUUGAGCAGGCAGCGGCUGCCCUUGAGAUUGAGCUGGAAGAAAAUAUGUUUAAGGGAGGAAAGGCUGACCAGCAAGAGGAACGUCGGAGACAAAAGCAGAUGAAAAUCCUGAAGAGGGAAUUGCGCCACUUACUCUCUCAACCCCUGUUCAAAGAAGAGCCCAAAACCAAGUAUCCAACUCAGUCUGGCAGGCCACCUGUGCUCAUGUCUGGCCCCCAAAAUGGUGAAUCUGCUCUGAGCUGCCUCUCCAAACAGAAGAAAAAGAAGAAGAAGAAGCAGGGGCAGCGACAGGAGCAGCCACGGCCAAGUACAAGUGCAGAUUAACUGGUCCCAGGUCAACAUGUGUGCAGCUGUGUUGUCUGGUGCCAGGAAAGCUGCCUUGCCACAUUCACUGCAUCUCAGUCCUGGUUUUACAGCAGCAGCUUUUCUGUGCCACUGUCCAUCCACAGUGCAUGACUACACUGCACAUUUGUGGUAUUCUGAGUAAAGAGUAAAGUUCCAUGUAGUGGUUUGUUUCUGUGUUUCAAUGUUUACAGGCUAAUUACAUGUUCAACUCAAUUUCCACAAUUAAAAAAUAGUUGUAACUGACU